CUAUUUAUACGUGGUGCAAUUCUACUAAACGCCUAUUUUAUCACUGUGUACCCCAAAUAUUCCUCUUUUCUAAAUUCCCCAACCACCUCACACAAUGGCAACAAACGAAGCCACCAUUCUGCGCAACUAUUUACUCCUCCCCGCUCGUCUACCUACCAUUCUUUCCUUACAAGAGUUUACGACUCUAUUUCCUAAAUCACAGCAAGCAUCGCCGCAUAUUCGAACCCUAUAUCGAGAUCUCCAACAACAACGAAAUGCGGUAGUCGACGGGGUAGCUCAAAACAUUGAUGCGCAAGUUCGACAAGGCAAGGCUCUACGUCGAGAAGUAAUCAAGGCAAGAAGAGAGGCAGAACUAGAAGAACAAGAUGACGAGAUUGAAAUAGAGCGAAUGUUAUUCGGUUCUACUUCCAAUACAUUGCAGCCGAAGCGACACACCCUCCAGACCAUUCUACCCGACAUGGACAAUGCAAUCACCGAUAUAGAACGGGAAAUAGAAACCAUGGAGCAGGAAGAAGCCAGUCUCCUCGAAUCUAUCAAACAAGCUGUGGGCAACAUGAGUGACUUGCGAUACGGUCGAUUUGCCAAUCCCAAAUUAAAGAACGAAGUUCUCGAUGGUCUACAGCGUAUCCAAGACGUAUGCGAAAGCAAAACAUGAAUGCACGACGCAAACCCAACUCAUUAGAUCAUUAUCUAACUACGUGAUUCCGACCCAAUACCUAAUUCUAUGAAAAGGAACAAAGUGG